GCCGGGCUGCGGCAGAUAGGCCAUUUGCUCAGAAGGCUAAGGCGAUCCGUCUUGCGCCCAAGGAGUGCGGCUACCUCGCCUCGGUCAUCGUGGGUGGACAGUGGCCACAGCGCCGAAAGUACCUGGGCGGCUACGCGGCGGACGACAAGCGCUUGCUGCGCGGCGACGCUGGCACGCUGCUGCACAGGCGCACGCGCUGCAGCGGAUGGCCGCCCGAGCUGCGGCUGCCCAGCAAGAUCCGCGAGCUGGCGGACAGGGCCGAGCUCGAGGAGGUGGAGUGCCUGCUGGAGCGCGCGCUGUGGCCUGCGCCCCGCGGCAUCACCAAGCCGCCUCGGCCUCCUGGGCUCAGCUGGCUGGGCCAAGACGUUGGCGGCAUGCUGCCGUCUGGCGACGUGUACCUGGACGGCUCCGCCUACGAGGGCGACUUCCAGCAGUGCACGAGCGUCGGCUGGGCUGCGGUGGUGCUGCAGGAGGGCGCGGACGCCUUCCGCACUGGCAUCUCGGGCGCGCUGUGCGAGCCCUUCGCCGAUAUCAACGGCGGCGAGUUGGCUGCGCUCAUCGGCACGCUGCGCCAUGCAGCGCCGCCCGUCAGGGCCAUCGUCGACUCGAACUUCGUGCUCAAGGGUGUGCUGGAACACGGGCCGCUGAACACGACGCGCUGGGGCUACGCGUGGGCCCACCUCUGGCGCGAGCUCUGGCGGCUCGUCGAGGACUUCGGGGGGAUAGGCCCGCAGGGCCUGACCCUCAAGAAGGUCCCUGCGCACGUCUCGCGCCGCCGAGUGGUCGACGACGGCGUCACCACCGCGCGCGACUGGCCCGCCAGCGCCUGCAGUCGGCACGGGAGCUGGUCGGGCGUGGCCUUGUGGGUCUCCGCGGUUGGGGCCGCCGUGGGCGGGGGCGACGCCACCCACCGCGCGGCGAAGCCCAACAAGGUGGCCCCGCGAGCAGCGCUGCAGCCCGUGGCUGCCAGGCUCGGCUGCGACCUCCGUGGGCCGCCUGGGGCGCGAUGGUGCAGCAGGUGCCGCUGGACGGAGCGCGCCAGCGAGUGCCCUGGCUCGAUUGUGGCGUCCGCCCUGGACCACAAUAGGAGGCUGCGGGCACAGGGCGCUCUGGCGCACGUGAUCGCGAAGAUCGAGCCGCAGGUCGAGGCCCAGCUGCAGCGCGAGAUGCCGCUGCUGGCCUGCCUCGUCUGCGGGGCCACGGGCGCGGCGAGGAGCUCGUCAUUUGCCCGCGCCUGCGGGGAGCCUGGGGCCAAGGGCAAGCUGGCGAUUGCCCGCCUCGCCAGAGGCUUCGCGCCCGGCGUCGCUGGCCGAGCGGCCGUCAGGAUGGAGCAGCUCGGCGACGACGACCUGGACUCCUUCGGCGCCGCCCUGGACAGGCCGCUCCCUGCG